AAUUUUUUUUUUUAUAUCAUAGUAUUAUCAUAUCCUCUUGGAUUAUGGCAAGCAAUGACACCUGCUGAUAAUCCAUUUGAGGAUCAAUUUUGUUCUAUUUUUAAUGGCUUAUCUUCUCUUCAUGAUUAUGUAGAAGCCUAUGGCAAUUUUACAAAACAAUUAAUCAGUGCUGCUUGUGAUGAAGAUGAAUCAGUUAAUGAAUGCUUAGAUACACAUGAUCCUCGAUCAAAACUCUAUACAGAUCUCACCCGUCCUUCACGCGCUUGGUUUUGGCAAAUAUGUACCGAGUAUGCCUAUUGGCAAACAGGGAGUGCACCUAUCUGGAAACCUCGUAUUGUAUCUCGCAAAUUAAACACAGCUUGGUAUCAGCAUCAGUGCCCUUUGAUGUUUGGUGAACAUGCAGUCCCUAAACGACCUUUAUGGCACAAGAUUAAUAAAGAGUACAACGGUUGGCAUAUUAGUCUAGAUCGCGUAUUUUGGAUUGAUGGUGAAUGGGAUCCCUGGAGAACACUUAGUGUACAAAGUAAUAAUGCGCCUGACCGUUCUAAUUGGAAAGAAAACGCAAAGUAUGCUAUUUUACCAAAGUCUGUUCAUCAUUGGGACUUUUUUGUUAGUAACACUGUCUCAGACUUUAUUAAAAAUAUUCAAGAAAAGGUUUUAGAAACCAUCAAGGAUUGGAUCGAAGAAGCUAAUUCAUUAAAUAACGAUGCUAACUUUUACUAUCAAUCAACUUAAUAAAAUUUGGUUAUUUACCAAUUCACAUUUUUUUUUAUUAUAAGAGAAAAAAAAAGUAACAUGUUUAAACAUAUAAACACCCAACAAAAAAUGUUCGUUUAUUUAAGAGGAACAAACUUGGAAGAGUGAGUGGCACCAAUACCGGGACGACCGUGCUUGACAGGCUUGUAGGUGAUGGAGAAUUCACCGAGCAGGGGCGUUCUUCUUGGCAGCACGGAGCUUCUUGAUGAGACCCAUAGGCUUACGCUUGAGACCACGUUGGAAUCUUCUACGAGCACGACAAUGAACGAGCUCCAUGAACUAUAAAACAAAACAUUGAUCAAUUUCUAGGUAUU